AUUGCCAUUUGACUUAUUUUCUUUAUUCCUUCAACUUCUUUGAACGCAUUUAAUUAUCUGUCAAAAUAAACUUCAAUAACAAAUAAUGCUACUAAAUUGUGUAGUUCAUUCUCUGAACGGAAUUGUUCAAAUUUUAUAACAUUUUCGAAUGAUUCGGAUUAUAUAAGUUAUGAUCUAUUCGUCUCAGAUUUAGGUAGUGUUUUAGAACAAUUUGCGUAAAUAUCCAAAUAUGAAGCGUGCAAAGCGUCAUAAAGUGAAAAGCGAAAAGGCCGAGACCUCUACGUCCCAGCUUCGGGACUCUGAGACCCAUGACCUGGCGUAUUACAUACACGAUCGUGUUGAGUUGAUGCAUCAAGUAUUUUCAGUGUUAAAGUACAAGGAAAUAAAGGCUAUAGCGCCGGCAUGCAUCCGUAAUAUAUCUCUAGAUGAUUUACAGGAGCUAUGCACCGAAGAGUUACUAGGUAUAAGCUCAAAGCGUCUCUGUGCGAUCUUGGAUGGAGCGGAGCCACCAUCAGACACGGAGUCUUCAAGCCCAUCUCCUCCACCUGAGAACUUGGAGACCAUCUCCCUGGAUAGUAUAUCCUCGGAUGAGGAGAUACUGAGCCAGGCCAGCUCGAAGAAGAAGAAGCACAAACACCGUCGCUCCUCCAAGGGCAAGUCCCGGGCGGCGUGUGAGGAGCCCCCCCCCCGCGCGGCCCGCGCCGGCCUCACGGUGUUGGAGUUGCUGGAGCUGCAGGCGCGCGCGAGGGCCAUCCGCGCGCAGCUGCAGAAGGAACAGGCGCACAAAACAGCCUCAGAGACGGUGGAAGUGGGCGCGCGUUCAUCAGAGAGCGAAGUGGAGAUUAAGGAAGAGCCGCCAGAGGUCGUGGAGAUCAGCAGCGAGGAUGAGAAGCCGACCUUGGAACAGCUGCAGAGGCAAAUAUCUCAAGAAUCUCAAUCUCAAACAACAAUUAAAAGAAUCAACGACAUGGUGGUCAUAGCGCCUCAGAAACCGACGCAAAAGAUACGACUCAACAGAAAAGGUAAACCCACAGAAAAAGAUACCACUCCCACACUCACAACCACUCCCGCAACUAACACAGAAAUCGCAAAAGAUACCGAAAAAGGUAAACAGGAGAAAGAUAGAGCUAAAAAGAAGAAGAAAAGAAAAAAGGUUAGCAAAGAGUAUGAUGAUACAGAUGAAAUUACUCUACAGCUCUCUGAUACAGAGAAAAUGGAUCUUCUAGAAGAUUUAGACAGAAAGAACUAUGAUAAUGUCAGCUCAGACUCUUCUGAUACUAGCAACGAUUCUUCUUCGCCAAAGAUAAAAGAUAAAUCUAAAGAAACAGAGAAAGAAAUCGUUGAGAAUGUACAGGAAGUUGUUAAUAUUGAAAAAGAUACAGAUUCUGUUAUAAAAGAUAAAGAUAAUGCUAGUGAAGAAGUAAAUAAAGAAGUUGUUACAGAAGAAUUAGUUAAAGAUGUAGAAAUGGAUUUAGGCAAAGAUGUUAUAGAAAAUGUAGAAAUAGAUGUUCCGAAUGAUAUAGAAGAAGGUAAAGAUAAAGAUAACUCGGAAAUACAAGAAAAAGUAGAAAAAUUACCCGUAGAAGUAAAUACAGAAGAAUCACAAAAUGUAAACGUAGAAAGUGAAGUAAAAGUUACAGAAGUACAAGAAGAUAAAGGAGAAGAACAAGAAAAAGGAAAAGAUAUAGAAACGGAGAAGUCAGAAGGAGAAAUAUCGGACAAAGAGGGCCCAGAAGUAGAAGUCUUCUGUAUAUCAGACGAGGAGACUAAAACCAAGAAGAAAAAGAAGAAAAAAGAUAAAAAGACUAAAAAAGAUAAGAAAAUCAUUAAAACGGAUUUUCGUGAAGGCAACGAUGAAAAAGAUCUCAAGAUCUCUAUAACCAUAGACAAUACUGCCAAAGAUUUGACAAAAGAUAAAAAGAUGGACAUAGACAACGCAAGUCUAUCAAAUGACGUACAAGAAAUCAAUGAAAUCUUUGAACUUUCAGACGAUUCGUCUGCAUGCGAAGAGAUUUUGUCUAUGGAUCCAACGACAACAGAAAUAGAGGCUUUAUCAGCUAAAAUAGACGAAAUAGAUGCUGGAAAAGAUAAAAUAGAAGAUUAUAAAGAUAUAGAAAAUAUAUCGUGGAAAGAUAGAUAUUUAGAUAGCAAAAAAGUUAAAAAGGUGCUAAAUACAGCAAAUAUACUAAACGCGUUAAGAAAGAAGAAUAUAGAACUCAAAAAUAAGUUAGCAGAGAACAAGAAAGAAGAAGCGAAGAAGAGAGAAGAAGAAAAGAUAGAACCAGAGAUUAUAGAAGGAACCAUAGACCAUUAUAACACUCUGGAAGGUUCGACAAAAUACGUCGAUCCUAUACUACCGGGAGACUUGAAGAAAGAUGCUAAAUUAUUGCUGAAAAUGUAUAAAAAGCUGUUGAAAUAUAAUGAUAUGAAUAAGGAAUCGAAAAAGGAAAAGAAAAAAAAGAAAAAAAAGAGAAAAGAUAGUGAAAGUGCAGAAAAGACAGUAGUUAGUACAAAUAUUUAGAAAGAUAAGCUUUGACGACCUCCGUGGUCGAGCGGCGUACGCACCGGUUACAAGUUGCCGCUAGC